AUGACAACAAGUUCUGUAGUGAAAACACAAACAUUGUUGGAUAAACGAGCCCUACAAGAGUAUGAAGAGAAGGGUAUCACCUAUGACACUGGUGGAGCAGACAUCAAGGCUGGUGGGGUGAUGGCCGGAAUGCAUCGGGACAAGUGUGGAGCAGCCACUGUGGCUGGAUUCAUGAAGGAUGUUGAAGCUGUCAAUCCUAAGAUUGUCACCAUCGCUACACUGACUGGACAUUCAAUCCGAGCUGUUGGACCCAACUACACAGACUACGACUUCGUCAAGGGUCCGUCCGAGUAUGAAGAUCUUCUGCAGGCUAACAACCAGCCUUCAACAAUGACCGCCAGAGGUCACCAGAUGCCUACAGCGUUCAUGAUCGGGGCGUCGGGGAUGGACAAGCAUGGGAUCGACUCAGGCAAACCACUACCCUACACACACCUCGACAUUGCCGGGUCCAGUGGGCCGUACCCCGGAGUCCCCACGGCUAACCCCCUUGUCGCACUGAUCGGUCACUUCGUGGUGCCAAGGAUAUGCCCAGGAUGUAACAAAUGAGCUUGUCGAUGAAAGUUUCAGUUUUCAACAGCAAUGUUAAUAUUUGUUGAGAACGAAAUAGUGCCAUUAUUCAGACCGAUGCUCCGAUUCUUUGGACUGCACAUUCUUCCUUUGGGCACCUAUCCAUUGACUUUAUGCUUCCUGCUUAUUCCCUUUUUUUUUUUAACAUCCGUGCUACUAUACACUGAACCAUUCUUACUAAAGUAGGCCUGUAGGUUGUAGAAAUAAUUAUUGAUUAGUGUUAUGUGAGAUGUCUGAUUAAUGAUUUAUACUUGAAGAUUGUUUCGUUUCUUACAUUUACGAAAUAAUUUUUAAAGGAAUACACAAAUUAUAUAGCACAACUACAUGCUGCUUUAUUAUUCAAUUAAAAGUUCCAAACACUGUGAUAUUUAUAAAACUAGUCCUUCAUUUACAAAUAAUUAAAUUUCUGUUGGUCAUUACAAUGUAACGUCAUCCCAAUGGUCCAGACGUAGCAACAGGAGUUUGUUCAUUUAUCAAUGAACGUGAAAAGUCGAAUGGCAACGCCAUUUUAUAUGGGCAAGUUGUCUUUUUUAGCUUUAUUGUUUAUGGACCAAAAUUCAAAUGUGAACUUUUAGUGUUAUUAGCAAGUAUGAUUUAAAU